AUGUCGAAAACCAACGCGCCCAAGGCGCCAAAGGCAGCAGCGCCUGCCGCCGCCCGCAGCGCGCAGCGCAAGGCCGGCCCCAACCCGCUCGCGAUCGCGCUCAAUGUCCUCCUGGUCGGCGUGUCCGUCUUCCUCGUCACGAGGCACGCGGACGCGUUCACCGACACCUGGAGCAAGGUGCGCGCGCAUGCCGAGGACCGGCUUGCGCUGUUCGGUGUCGAGAGCUUUGGCUCGACGGCCGUCGGCCAUGUCGACUUUGCGGACGGGCGCUCGCGCCGUGCCGGCAAGGAGUUUUUGAAGCCUGAGAGCGACGCGCUGAGAUACGUCAACGUCAACCUUGGUAAUGGCGGGAGGGGGUCUGGCGACACGAACGAACUCCGCUCACACCACAGCCCCGAGCCCGACCUGUCCGGCGGCAUGAUCCCCUCGGUCGCCCCGCCCUUCGCCAUGACGCGCUGGACGGCGCAGACGCGCCGCAACUACGUCUCGAUGUGCCCGUACAAUCAGACCGACACCAAGGUGCACGGCUUCAUCGGCACGCACCAGCCGGCGGUGUGGAUGGGCGAGAGCGGCCCGGUGCAGAUCGCGACUGGUCUCGGCGAGGUCGUCACGGACUUUGACGCGCGUGGCCUUUCGUUUGACAAGCGCGACGAGUACGCCAGCCCGAACUACUACUCUGUCGGGCUGAAGGGUGCCGACGGCUCCAUCAACGCCGAGCUUGCUGCGACCUCGCGCGCUGGCCACCUGAAGUUCACGUUCACGCCCAAGGGUGCGGCCGCUCCCUUCGUGGUUAUCGACGCCGCCCGCAAGACCGUCUUCACGCGCCAGCUCUCGGCUGACGGAUACCCCCGCCCCAACCUCGAGUACCUGCCCACCGGCAGCGUCACUGUUGACCUGGAGCGUAACGAGAUCUACGGCUGGAACGACGAGCGCCAGGACAAGGUGCUUGUUGGCGAGGAGCUGCCAGCCAAGAACUUCAAGGGCUACUUUGUCGCGCGCUUCUCUGAGCCCCUUGUCUCUGGAGGCAUCUCGCGCCAGGGCAAGCUCCAGUCUUCGCUCGCUGGCGAAGGCACCGAGCUCUCCUCGUGGGCCACCUUUGCGGCAGGCACGCGCGCUGUCGACGUCCGCGUCGGUGUGUCGUUCAUCUCGGUCGAGCAGGCCCGCCGUAACCUCGACCUCGAGAUUCCUUCGACCCAGACCCUCGCGCAGACCUCGGAGAAGACCCGCACCGAGUGGGUGGCCAAGCUCGACGCCUACCGCCUCGGUGGCGCGACGGAGCGUAACCUUACUGUCCUGUACACUGGCAUCGCGCACACCCUGGUGUACCCGUACGAGGUGUCUGAGAACGCCGGUACCGCUGCCGAGCCCAAGUGGACCUACUACUCUGGCUACGCCGACGCCGUCCUUGAGGGCGAGAGCUACUCGGGCUACUCGAUCUGGGACACGUUCCGCGCCACGACCGCAUGGCAGAACCUUCUCGCGCCUGAGCGUAUCCCCGGCAUGAUCAACAGCAUGCUCCAGGACUACAAGCAGGGCGGAUGGCUUCCGAUGUGGAAGAACAUUGUCGAGACCAACAUCAUGGUUGGCACUCACGCCGACUCGAUCAUUGCCCAGGCGAUGCGUGUCGGUGUCAAGGGCUUCGACUACGACCUGGCAUGGGAGGCGGUCCGCAAGGACGCAUUCACCCCUCCCGACAAGGACACCGAGCUCGUUUUCUACGACAGGCAGGAGGGCACUCCGCAGGAGGUGCGCGCCGGUCUGACCGAGUACCUGAAGAACGGCUGGGUCGCUGCCGACCUGCACUCUGAGUCGGGCUCUCGCUCCCUCGACUACGCGUACGACGACCACGCCGCGGCGAUCGUCGCGCGCACCGUCGGCGACGACAAGACGGCCGAGCAGCUCGAGGCCCGCGCCAAGAACUACGCCCACCUCUGGAACAAGGACACGGGCUUCAUGGAGGCGCGUAACGCCGACGGCAGCUGGGCCGGUGACAAGACGGGCUGGACCGAGGGCGACCACUGGGCGUACUCGCUCAACGUGAUGCACGACGUGCCCGGCCUCAUCGAGCUCAUGGGCGGCGAUGCCAAGUUUAUCGACUUUAUGGACAGGCACUUUGCGGGCGGCCACAACCUGCACACGAACGAGCCGAGCCACCACAUUCCCUACCUCUACGCGUUCUCGUCGCAGCCGCACAAGGCGCAGGAGUGGGUCACGUCGCUCGGCAGCAGCGAGUACAACCACACUGCCGGUGGACUCUCUGGCAACGAAGACUGUGGCCAGAUGUCGGCGUGGUACGUCUUCUCGGCGCUCGGCUUCUACCCCGUCGACCCCGCGUCGGGCAAGUACGUGAUUGGCUCGCCGUUCUUCGACCGCCAGAGCGUCAAGCUUCCCGGUGCGCGCCGCCCGCUUGCGGUGGUGGCCGUCGGCGCGUCCAGCGGCAAGAAGUACGUCAAGGGCCUCAAGAUUGACGGCGAGCCGUGGUGGAGCGUCGAGAUCAGCCACGCGCAGAUCAAGGACGGCGCCGUGCUCGAGUUUGACAUGGCCGACACGCCGCAGGCGUGGCCUAGGCGGACGUAGCGAGGUGUUGGUUAGGAGUGGCUCAUAGAAAACACAU